UUGUUAUAUUCUCCCCCAAAAGUGAAAAUUGCCACCAAGGCCAAUCCCUUGGAUGGGAAUUCACUGAAGCCUGACAGUCUCCGGUCCCAGUUGGAGCUAUCACUGAAACGAUUGCAGUGCCCCCGGGUGGACCUCUUCUACCUUCACUUGCCUGACCACGGCACUCCUGUGGAAGAGACGCUGCGCGCCUGCCAUCAGCUGUACCAGGAGGGCAAGUUUGUGGAGUUUGGCCUCUCCAACUAUGCGUCCUGGGAGGUGGCCGAGAUCUGUACCCUCUGCCAGAACAACGGCUGGAUCCUGCCCACAGUCUACCAGGGUAUGUACAACGCCACCACCAGGCAGGCGGAAACGGAGCUGUUCCCCUGCCUCAGGCACUUUGGACUGAGGUUCUACGCCUACAACCCUUUGGCUGGUACGGGCUGCUGCGGGCCAGGCUACCCCUGGAGGGAGUGGGCCUCCCUGGCCCUGGGAAGCAGGG